AAAAUAGGAAGUUGUCAUCUGGGGCACACCGGAAGCGAUCGCUUUCUUUCUCCCCCCCCCCACCCGCUGUUUGGUAGAUGCCGGAAGAGAAGGCCCCGGCUAACGGCGAGGGUCCAAGAUGGCGGAGGUGGAGGAAGUGACCGAGGGCUGUCGCCUCCCCGUGCUGCGCCGUAACCAGGAAAACGAGGACGAGUGGCCACUGGCUGAAAUACUUAGUGUCAAGGACAUCAGCGGCCGAAAACUUUUCUACGUUCACUACAUUGACUUUAACAAGCGUCUGGAUGAAUGGGUGACUCAUGACCGGCUGGAUUUGAAGAAGAUACAGUUCCCCAAAAAGGAAGCAAAGACACCCACCAAGAACGGGCUGCCUGGAUCACGGCCCAGCUCUCCGGAACGUGACGUGAGGAAGACCUUGGAUCUGUCUCUACAACCAGCCGCAACUCCAUCCAGCGGUAAAACCCUUCCCAUUCCGGUGCAGAUAACCCUCCGUUUUAACCUACCUAAAGAGAGGGAGGCCGUCCCCGGCUCGCCCGACCAACCCCUCUCCUCCAGCUCCUGCGUCCAGCCAAACCAUCGCUCAACGAAGAGGAAAGUGGAAGUAGUUUCUCCAGCAACCCCCAUCCCCACCCCAACCGAGACAACACAAGCAUCCGUGUUCCCCCAGAAUGGCUCCGCACGCCGAGCGGUGGCUGCCCAGCCUGGCAGGAAGAGGAAAUCCAAUUGCCUUGGCACUGAUGAGGUAAGUGCCAGGGCUUGGGGUAGUGCCUGCCAGCCUGCUUCCCAGGGGGGCACCAGCCUGGAAGAAGGAAUAUGUGGCUCUUCCUCGUUCAUCCAGAAUCUCCCGCCUCCCCCCGGUUUUUGUGAGCAGGACUCCCAGGACAGCUCAGACGGCAUCCCCUCAGCCCCACGCAUGACAGGCAGUCUGGUCUCGGACCGCAGCCACGACGACAUCAUCACGCGCAUGAAAAACAUUGAGUGCAUUGAACUGGGGCGGCACCGCCUGAAGCCUUGGUACUUCUCGCCCUACCCUCAGGAGCUCACCACCCUCCCCGUCCUCUACCUCUGCGAGUUUUGCCUUAAGUACGUCAAGAGCCUCAAAUGUCUUCAGAGGCACCUGACAAAGUGUGACUUGAGGCAUCCGCCAGGGAACGAAAUCUACCGCAAGGGGACGAUCUCCUUCUUUGAGAUUGAUGGGCGGAAGAACAAGAGCUACUCGCAAAACCUCUGCCUCCUGGCAAAGUGCUUCCUGGACCACAAAACCCUCUACUAUGACACAGAUCCCUUCCUCUUCUACGUAAUGACAGAGUACGACAGCAAAGGUUUCCACAUUGUCGGCUACUUCUCCAAGGAGAAGGAAUCUACGGAGGACUACAACGUGGCCUGUAUCCUGACCCUGCCCCCUUACCAGAGACGGGGCUACGGAAAGUUGCUGAUUGAAUUCAGCUACGAGCUCUCCAAGGUGGAAGGGAAGACGGGCACGCCAGAGAAGCCUCUAUCGGACCUGGGACUCCUGUCCUAUCGCAGCUACUGGUCCCAGACCAUCCUCGAGAUCCUCAUGAACCUCAAAUCGGAGACCGGAGAGCGUCCGCAGAUCACUAUCAAUGAGAUCAGCGAAAUCACAAGCAUCAAGAAGGAGGAUGUCAUCUCGACACUGCAAUACCUCAACCUCAUCAACUACUACAAGGGCCAGUAUAUCCUGACACUCUCCGAGGACAUUGUGGACGGACAUGAACGUGCCAUGCUGAAGCGAAUCCUGCGCAUUGACUCCAAGUGUCUGCACUUCACCCCAAAGGACUGGAGCAAAAGAGGAAAGUGGUGAGGCCUGCGCACCUGAGUAAGGAACGGCUGCUUGCAGGACGUCCACCCUCCACCUCACUUUCUGUGACAAUGGGGAUCAGGCAAGGUGGCCACGCGCCCUUUAGAAGACAUUUUCCAGUCGGCUAUCAAAGCAGGCACCGUCAGCCGGACAGACCUCUAGGGGCGUUGUUACCUGGGCCUCGCGUGCCCUGGACUUGCCUGCUUGUUUGUAUAUAGGACUUUUUGGAUCCUUCUUUGAGCGGUUGUGUACAGAAGUUGAAAAAGCACAGACCAAGCUACCCAAGCUGUCCCCCCCCCUUUUUGGACCGGAUAUUUAUUUAUAUAUAUAAAUAUAAAACCACCACGUUUGGAGCUUGACAAAAGGCAGUUGAAGGGCAGCUGCUUUCUGCUGGGUUUCAGCUGCAGGCAGAGAAACUGUUGCUGCCUCCUCCUUUCGAGGCUGGAAUUGUGCAGCUGCUUCCUUGGGUGAAGAACCUGGAGGCCAGCUCUAAAAAGCUGCUCUCCCCCCUACUGCCUGAGGCCGCAGCAGCAUCCACAAGGGUGAAAGUGUGGAAAGAAUCGUUCUAGGUUAGCAUACGGUAAGACAGUCUCAGUCUCUCUCUCUCUCGCUCCCUUUCCCCAAAACCAGAACCUUCAUGAACCGGAGGAGCAGCCUUAAAAAAAGCAAACCCCACCCACCUUCUGUGCUCAGAAUAAAUUAACAAAAUGGGUUUUUAAAUGG